GACCAGAAGCUAGUGCUUGUGAACUAGGUUUGCAAUAUCUUGAUAGUACUAUAUAGCAAUUAAAAGAUCAAUAAAUGGGGAGCCUUAAUGGUGCUGUAUCUGAUGAUCAUCACAAGGGAAACAAGGCUGAUGGCCUGGCUAGCUUGCUAGCUAUUGGCACCGCCAACCCUCCAAAUGUUGUAUAUCAGGAUACCUUUGCUGAUUACUACUUCAGAGUCACCAACAAUGAAGACAAGGUUGAGCUCAAAGAAAAAUUCAAGCGUGUCUGUGAGAAGUCUAUGAUCAGAAAGAGACACUUCUUCCUGACUGAAGAGAAGCUGAAGGAGAACCCUAACCUUUGCUCCUUCAUGGAUCACUCUUCACUGAACACCAGGCAUGAUAUAAUGGUGGAAGAGGUGCCAAAGCUGGGAGCAAAGGCAGCCACCAAAGCUCUGGAGGAAUGGGGACGUCCACGUUCUGAAAUCACUCACCUCGUCUACUGUAGCACUGGUGGUGUUGACUUGCCUGGCGCUGACUACCGGAUCAUCAAGCUCCUCGGCCUCUCUCCAUCCACCAAACGUGUCAUGCUCUACAUGCAGGGAUGCUUCGCUGGUGGCACCGUGCUACGUAUAGCCAAAGACCUGGCCGAGAACAAUGAGAACGCUCGUGUUCUUAUAGUAUGCACCGAGAUGACAGUCAUCUCCUUCCGUGGCCCUAGUGAGGACAACGAGAACUUCGGUAAUAUGGUCGGACAAGCCAUCUUUGCCGACGGCGCAGCCGCGGCAGUCGUUGGAGCCAAACCCAUCCCUGAGGUUGAAACCCCAUUCUUUGAAUUAGUGGCCACUCACCAAUACAUUCUUCCGGAGACUGAAGAGCAUAUUACAGGGCAUUUGAGAGAAGUAGGAUUCACUUUCUUGUUAAAUAACCAAGUGCCUACUAGUGUGAGCAUGCACAUAGAGAAGACUCUUGUGAAGGCUUUUUCACCAUUAGGGAUCUCAGACUGGAACUCUUUGUUCUUUGUCACUCAUCCUGGAGGCCGGGCCAUUUUGGAUCAGAUUGAAGAGCAGUUAGACCUGAAGCCUGAGAAGCUAAGAGCCACAAGACAUAUGUUGAGUGAGUUUGGUAACAUGUCAAGCGCUAGUGUUUUCUUUAUCAUGGAUGAGAUGAGAAAGCGGUCUAUGGCUGAUGGCUUGCGCACUUUUGGAGAAGGCCUUGACUAUGGAGUGCUCCAUGGUUUUGGUCCUGGGAUUACUGUGGAGACCGUUGUCCUUUUUGCACUCCCUCUUAAUACUUAGCUAAAUAACGUCAACUUAUUUAUCAUGCACCCAGAUCUAGUCCUACCAAAAUGAUCCCAUGAAUUAUGUUUAUGUUAAGAACGAAAAUAAACUAGGAUCUUAUUUGUUUGAUAAAUCAAAUAUUUGUGUGAAAGUUAUAAACA